AAUAUCCUUCGCAAUAAAAGAAAAUGUGACAUAAUAGUUAUAAAACCAACAGAAAGAAUCAUUUUUCAACGCCUACAGUAGCAAAGCAAACGGUUCUAAAUCGAAUGAUUGAUGAUGGCCAAGCUUAAUCCUCGUCUGUAGCCCUUUGUAUCACCAUCGCGUGGAGCAAUUAUACCUUAUUUAGCCUUGUAUCACAGCAGCAAAUAAAGCAAAUUUAUCUCUUCCUAACCUUCACCUAUUCCCUCACCUACACCUACAUGGGAUUGGCUAAAUGUAAGUGAUUCAAUCCGCUAGUCAUCUAAAACUAACCCCCCCGCUAGUGAAAUCGCAAUCUUUUCACAAAAACCCGCCAUAUCUUAUCGCUGUUUCGCCAUUCCAACAGAUAAGCUUAACGCGUUGUGCUACAAAACUUCCGUGCAUUUGGUCGUGCGUCGCGAAACAGCUCACACCUUUUUUCCUAGACCGCAACCGUGAACCGUCUUCAUGUGAAAGUGUUUGGUGGUGAAUCUCUCUCUCUCUCUCUUCUUGUGGCCACCUGGCGUACUUUAGCCGAGUUGUGAUCCUUUGCAGCAUUUGCUACCGCUCGAUCAAUCCAAGAUCUAAUGGCUUCUUCACCCGCAUGUACGAUCUCAUUCGACAACAAUAGUCAUGGCGUAUUUUUUGCUGGUCAAAAGUUUACUGGCACAGUAGAUAUUGAUCUUCCGAAGGCAAAGAAAGUGAAAGGUAUUUCGUUAAAAGUUACCGGACUGGCCAGUGUCCUAUGGACGGAAACCUAUGGAACUGGUACGACGAUUGCAUUCCAAGGACGAGAAGAUUUCCUCAAACAUUCCAUGGAUUUUGUACGCUCCGAAACAGAUGAACCGAUCGUAAUGGAACCGGGACGGCAGAUUUACAAGUUCGCACUGCAACUACCAAACAAACUGCCCACAUCCUUCGAGGGUGAUUAUGGCUAUAUUCGCUACACGGCAAAGGUCGUGUUUGAACGUCCGUGGAAGUUUGAUCAAAAUUACAAAAUCGCGUUUACCGUGGUGAAUCAACUCAAUCUAAAUACCGUGAUGCCACCACUAAACGUGGCGGUAGUGCAGGAACACAUCAAACACUUCUACUGUGGUCCGUGCCGGUCCGAACCGCUCGCCAUCAACGUGAAGCUUCCGAUGACGGGUUACGUGCCGGGACAGUUCAUUCUCGUCACGGUAGACAUAUCGAACGGUAGCAAUAAGUGCAUUACGGAGGUGAAACUUAAGCUGCGCCGACGGGUGCGUUACUGUAGCAAAUCACCCUACGAGCACGUGCGAUCCGUGUACAACACGCUGGCCAAGUUUCAGUGCAGUGGCGUCGAUGCGAAACGAUCAGCCGGAUAUGAACGACGGUUUCUUGUGCCUUCCGAACCACCGACACGCAGCGACACUAUCAUUCGUAUCGAGUACUUUGUCGAGCUCACUGGCAAGGUGCAGGGAAUGGCAUACAGUCCACAGGUGCGAGUUCCUAUCACGAUCGGUACGGUACCCCUAAUGAACCUUAGCCAACGGCAGCAUAGGGCAUCGGUUGUUGAAGCACAUAUGACAACGGCCUCGUCCUUACCUCGCAAAUUCUUUCACGGUAGUUUACAGUCGCUUGUGAUUCCACACACAUUUGAAAAGUCUGCUGGUCGUAUCGAUGUUAAUAUACAGGACGAUGACGAGUCUCCAUCCUUGGGUAUGGUACCAUUUUCUCCACGCUAUCCAAUGUACCAUUUCGACACAGAUAAUAAACCUGCCAGACAGAGUGCAGUCUUACCAUCCCUUCAUGCUACACCAAACAGCGAAACUGAUAAAAUUCCAACAAACAGUACGCCAACGAUGGACAGAUAGUUGACGAAAUGGAUUAAUCAUGCUAACCCAAACAUACGCACGGUUAUAGGCGUGGUUUCAGUUCUACCGAAUUACGCCUGUACGUGAUUGUUUCAACAAACACCAUUCUAUAAAACAAACACCAUUACUAAAUGGUACUAUCUUCAAUGUGAUGUAUGUUAACAGAUACUUAUUCGUCCAUCGGCUACUGGUAAGCUUUUUUCUUUAACACGUGUUAGAUAAGAAACAAAAACCCUGCAAUUAAUUGAGUUUAUCAACUUAACGGUACUUGAUAACUUUAAUUACGCGUGCUUCACAAUUGACAAAUUGCUGUAACGCCAGUUAAUAAUAAAACAACUGGACUCGAUCGCCGUACUUUAUUCAACUACCUAAGAAGAGUUCAACAGCAUUACAGGGUUUUCGAGUUGAUGUGAGAAACUUAGUACUACCGUAAGCGACCCUAUUAUGGUUAUAGCACCAAUUAUGGUAAGCUUUAUAUUUUAUUUUCAACUAUGCUUCAUUACUCUAGGGAAACGGACACUUUUUUAUCAUCAAAUAUUAACCCUUCCAUAAUGAAAAUAAACCACUUUUAAUAUAAAUCGUCAAAAUGACUGAUAAGUCAUGAAGUUAUGUAGUUAUGGAUU